AUGCCUCUGGUGCAGACGCAGCUGGUGGUGUGGGAAGUUUGUGCUGCCAGGCACAUCUGGGGCCCAAAUGCUUGGAGGUUUCUGCCUGGGUCACUCCCUUGUGAAAUAGUUUUUGCAGGGGAGCAGGGAUGCCAUGGAAAUCUGGGAGGAAACUCUCUGGCCAUGUGCUUGGAAAACUGCUGUAUGAGGUCCUGUUUCUUGCUCUUUCUCCAGUUCCACACUGCUAGCAGGCUGAAACAUCAAACAUCAGGGAAGCCUCCCAGUCUGUCCAGGCAGGAAGAAGAUACGAUGGACAGCAGGACUGGCUUUGAGCAGGACAGAGACUGUGCCACUUCAGGGCAUGGCGAGGGGCUGAAACUGGAGCCCUGUUUCCAGACUGACUCUCUCUUGCCUUCCUCCAAUGCAUCCCUGAUACCACAGUUCCUCAGCCACACAGUGACUGGCAGGAACCUGGAUCCCACCAUCCUUUUCCCUUCCUCUCAGGCAGUGGCCCUGCCUCAUGACUACAAAUGCGGUGCAUGUCCUGGAGAAGAAGUGCAAGCCCCAGCUUUCCCCAGGACCUGUGCCCCGGGUCCCGUGCCCUGUGCUGGUGAUAGGGACCAGCUCUCCAACCAGCACCCACGGGACCAGCUCUCCAACCAGCACCCACGGGACCAGCUCUCCGACCAGCACGUACGAGCCAAGCGGGCCAGGGUGGAGAGCAUCAUCCAGGGCAUGAGCCUCUCACCAACCCCGCAGGCAUUUGACACGAACCUGGAGGCAGCUCUUAGGCAUGAGAGGGAAAGGGGUGCUGAGAUGCCCCAGGAGAGCAAGAGGAAGCCAAGGGUGCCCCAGCAGGGUGUGGGGGCAGUUGGACGAGUGGCUCUCACAGGGGGCAGCUCCCAUGCCAAGGGUUGCCAGCAGCUGAAAGAGCAGCUCUGCUUUUUAGAGCAGCAGCUGAGGUGGCUUCAGGAGAAGUUCUACCAGGUCUGUGACUCUGAGGAUGCUGCCCAAACCCAGGAAGAUACUGAGAAAGUGCAGCCACUGCCUGGAAAGCCUAAAGACAGACUGAACAAGGACAGUGCCACUGCCACCAGCAACCCACGCAAAGCACCUCUCAGGCGGAGCGUCCUGGAGGUGCAUGGGCUGGAGGAGGCUGAGGACAGAGGUGACACAGGUGGCCUGCCCUCGGCAGUGAGCGUCCUCUCACAGGCACUGAAGCACGAGCUGGCUGUGGUGACAUCCCAGGUAGUGGAUUCUGUCCUGAAGACUGUCUGGCCGAAGGCAGACAGCCACAGCCAGAAGCAGCACCACAGCCUUCUGAUGCUGGGGCCAGAUGCCAGGAGAGAGUAUUCUGCUGGUGGGAAAUGCAGAAAACCACUUGCUAAGCCAUCUCCCAUGAAUGCACCAGGCUCGCUGGGGUCACCCCAGGCUGGGGUCCUGACAGGUGCUUUGGGGAAGAGCCUGGGCUCUUAUGCUGGCUCCUUCAGUUCAAGGGGGGUCAGAAAAUCCUCUCGGAUACCCACUGUGGGUUAUUCACUGGGCUCAGCCACCCCUGUCCACGACAGCCAGCUGCUGAGCCAGCUGUUGGGAUAUGGCCAGCACAGCCUCUGGGGCAGUGACUCUCGUGAGAGCCCAUCUCUGGAGAGGGGCUGUCCAGAGCCCCUCAACUUGCACUGGGGAACUGUUAAACUGAGGUCAUCGACUGUGAGACAGCAGCAGCACCAUCCCCUGCCCCUGAGCCCUGCCAACAGGGAGAGCCUGGCACUACAGCCAGCUGGCAGAGAUGGCUGCAGUGAGCUACCAGCUGCAAAUGAUGGAGUGCCCUUUGCCUCAACCCAUAUAUCCUUUGGGGGCAGCUAGAGGCAGAUGCAGGAGGCGCUGACCCCCGGGCACCUGAAGAAGGCCAAGCUGAUGUUUUUCUUCACCCGCUACCCCAGCUCCACUCUGCUGAAGACCUACUUCCUCGAUGUGCAGUUCAGCCGCUGCAUCACCUCCCAGCUCAUCAAGUGGUUCAGCAACUUCCGUGAGUUUUACUACAUCCAGGUGGAGAAAUUUGCCCGGCAGGCCCUGCUGGAGGGUGUUGUGGAUGCUUGCACUCUCCAGGUCUCCCGGGACUCUGAGCUCUUCCGUGCCCUCAACAUGCACUAUAACAAGGGGAAUGACUUUGAGGUGCCGGGGCGGUUCCUGGAGGUGGCCAGCCUGACACUGCAGGAGUUCUUCAGCGCUGUCAGGGCAGGCAAGGAUGCCGACCCCUCCUGGAAGAAACCCAUUUACAAAAUCAUUUCCAAACUGGACAGUGACAUCCCAGAAGGGUUCAAAGCUGCUGGCUGCUCCCAGGAACUGCUCCACAGCUGAGUCUCUGUGAAAGCAGCCCUGGGUCAUGCGUGCAGCCACCAUGUGCUAAGCACCUCAGGGGCACUCUCUACAGCACUUGUUACUUGGGGUGUUCUCUCUCUGAGGGCCAUGCACUCUCUGUAAGACAGCUCCUUGGGUGAGGCUUAUCACUUGACUUAUGUGCUGGGAUUUUAUGCUGUGUAGUUUUUUCUGCUGCUCAGAACUGGUGGGGACCCUCAGAAGGGAGGGACAGAGAUGAAGCCAUCAGGUUGGAGCCUGAGAAGUUGCCCAUCCCCAGCUCUCCCCAUGACCCUGGCUGAGCUGCCUUCAUUCUCUCUUCCAGAGGGUCACAAACCAGGGCAAACAGCCUUGCUAUUUAUGAAACAGGAAGAGGUCCUAGUAGUGGGCAAAGUUUCCUUGGCACAGCAGAGUAGCGAAUGUGCCCAGUCCAAAAGCAUGACUCAGUUUCUGUCCAGAUACAACACACCAGUGUCCAAAGAAAACAGCUGGUGAAUCACAGCAUUUCAAGCACCCCGUGGGGAUAGUUGUUCCUGUCUGGGAUAUGUAAAAACUGUGUUUGUUGUAGCCAGCAAGAAUACCACUCUCCUCUGCCUCCCCUGUGCUGUUAGACAAGAUCCUCCAUGCAGCUGUGUGCUGUGGCCAAGCAGGUGUGUGCUCCCCAGCAGUGUUAUCUGGGAUGCUGGAGGAGAGCAGCGUGCACAGCCAGCACUGCUUGGCACUCCAAACAGCCUCCGUCAGCCCAUCACCUGGGAGGACAGCUCCACGUUAAACAUCCACCAUGUCCCCUCAUACCAUCUUCCUGCUGGCAAAACUGCCCCAAGCAUCUCUGUUCUGCAUCCCUGGUGAAAGAGGAGCACGUUAUUUGGGAUUCAUGAGUCCCUGUGGGUUUAACACAAGCUGGGGAAGAGCUGGGCCCUGAUCUCUACUGCCCCAUUGCUGUAAGGAUUGUAAACUCAAGGAGGUUUCUUCACCCCCUGACCAAGACUCAGUGGCUGCUUUUCUAGCUGAUGGAGCAUGGUGAAGUGUUUUGUGUUAAGGGCUCUCUAAUCCUGACAGAGGUGGCAGUGGAGAGGAAAAGGCUGGGAAGAGGAGAGAGUCCUGACAGAGGCAUGGCAGGAGGGCACUGGGAGGGCAGUGACGAGCAACAACAUACCCCUGCAAAACCCUCUGGAGAAGAAGACUGGGAGAAGGCCAAGAUGAUUUUGAAUGUGCUGUAAGAUGUCAGUUGGCACUAGAGUGCAGCAAGUGACUCCUGAGAGGAAAAUCACAGUUCCAGCAUCAGACGAGUGCAUGGGGUGAUCCACAGGCAAUGCAUCUGCAGGAGUUAAGGAAGCGUGUGGUAACAUCAGGACACAAUGGGGAGCUCUGAAAUAGGGGCAGUUUGACAGUGGUUCCCCCCAUCACGAGUGUGGCCACCCAGAUUUUCUGCUCUGUUUGUAUGUUUCUUUCUCCAAGUUUGUAUAUUUUACAACCCCAACACCAAAUUUACUUGACUCCUCUUUAAAUAAACACAUUGCUUAAGUUACCCCUUUACAUCCCUAUA